UUUGUUUUAAAGGGUCAUGGGAAAACAAACGAACAUCCGAAAAACGAACGUUGUUAUUAAAACGUGAUAAUCAUCGUACGGCGUUAACAUCCACCGAUUCGUUACUCCGCGAUAAACAAAUAAAGUGUACAGAAAUCGUAAUUUCGGGAAUUCUGAACAAACAGCAAGUGAUAUCAGGUGGUCAGGAGAAGAAUCUCUGGACCCUUUACAAUCAAGUGGUGUAACGUGCGGAUGUGUAAUUACGAGAAAUGUGUAGGAUGUUAUUCACUAACACAGUAGAAUGACAUUCAAUUACGACGAUAAUUGAGAGAAUUCUAGCGUUUGUAGCUUGGAAUCAACGGGCAGUGCCCAUCUGAAACAGUCCUAACCCCGAGCGGUAUCAAAGUCGGAACAUGGGGAGCAUGUGUAAUGAUUGCAUGGCCAGAGUGCCGUAUGCAACCCUUAUAGCAACGAUAAUGUGUUGCUUAGGGGUGGGCAUCUUCUGCGGUACGAUGUACAGAGGCGUUACGCUAGGCUCUCUAAUGAUGGAUCAAGUGUUUCACAUUCGUCUUGGAUGGUUGGACGCAGUUCAACUGAUAUUUGCAACAAUUGGUGCUAGUAUGGCAGCUUUGGGUUUUAUGAUAUUGUGUGUUGGUUGUCUUGCGACAGGAGCUACAAGACAUAAGGUCUAUAGAGCUUGGAGAUCCAGAGUUGGAGGGCGGAUCUCUUGUGCAGUUUUUAUGACAAUCACUUACAUACUGCAAUUAGGAUGGCUCCUAAUAUUUGCAUUCUUGGUUAUAAUCACUUGGAUCUUUACUAUAUUCUGGGGCUUAUGCAGCAAUCAUCGAGUUCAGAAUCUCGAGCAAUGCAUCGAUUUCACUCAAUUUAGUUUCAUAUUCCCGAAUAGUACGCGAGUGGAUGAUAUGAAAAUAUGUGGCUCACAAGAAGUGAAGCUGUUCUGUAAAGAUUUCGUUGAGAAAGCAGAAGUGAUGUUCAUAUUGGCAACGGUAGCUACGAUGCUGGUUGUAUUGAGUCUGAUACACUAUUUAAUGUGUCUGUCCGCGAACUACGCGCACAUUAGGGACCACGAAAAGUUCCAAGAGUUGCAAGAACUACAGUACCUGCAGGACACGGGAGAUCCCGACUCUCCUCAAUCCGGGAUGGGAACCUUGACUUCCCACCAUCGCGGCAAAGACAGAUUCUAGGACACGGCCCGCGAGAUCUUCGCGAUGAACCCUCUCUAAUUAUUGUUCACAAAGAUCUACUCUACAAGAAUCGAUGACCAUUUGAUGUUAUUCUUCUCUACGUACCUAAACUCAGUAUUUUAUUAUCGAUUAACGUUACAGUAGUUUACUGACCGAAGAUCUUGCGGGAACACUUCAUGCCGUCCACGUUCUGCGACUGUCUUCUUAAGCAUUUAUUUUCGUUCGAACUUCACGAAUGAAUUAGACGACGUUUAGGAAGAAGUAAGUUAUCGUUAUUCAUAAAUUAUCAUUAAACUUCAAUACAUAAGAUAUACGAGACAUUCCAUACUUAUUAUACAUUCGAUAACAGAAUGGUUCGUUUCGAAAGUAAUUUUAAUACGUAUGAGAUAAAUUCGCGCACAGAGCAUAUACUUUCUAAAAUAUUUACUACUUACAAAUAUAUUGUAUUACGUCCUUUCAUGCAUGCACAAAAAUAUCUACGGUCUACUAAUGUAUUAUUACAACUUCAGUGUUCUCUUUGUAUUAAGACUGUUAAUUAACGCGAUUUGCACUAUUUCUAUUUUUUCAUUCUUGCAGAGAUUAUCUUAACAGUAUAUAAUUCUUUUUUUAUAUUUUCGUAGAAGUAAGUUGAGAAGGUUACACUGCUAUUAAAAGGCUCUAAUUGUGCUGGAGGAAAAGGGUUAGGUAGCUGUUAUUUUUCUGUUAUGUCUUUUUUUUAGGUUUUUAAUUACACCGUAGUGAAGAAUGUUUUCUUCCAAUGUAAUUGAUUAAGUAUUACUUCACUCGCCUACCGAUGUUGUAGAAAUGUAUGAACAACUCAAAUCACAUUGUGAAAUGUUAUAAAAAGUAUAGGAAGAUAGUUGAAAUUGUAUUUUGCGCACAUAGCUUGUCUGUGCCAAAUCUUUUAAAAUCGUAAAGAGUUAUAUGUAAUAUGUAUAUCGUAAGUUGUUGCUGAGAGACAAAUUUUAAGAUAUUCUUCAAACGACAAAUAUAAUACACAAAGAGUUCGUAUUUGCUCAAAUAAUUUAAUUGAACGUUCAUUUAAUGGUACAAUCAAUUUUGGAGAAAAAUUUUCGACUUAUGUACAGAUGAUAAGUAUACAUAUCAAACUGGAGAUUACAUUUGAUUUAAGGGCGUCCGUGAUGAAACGAUUAUAUAUAUAAGAGGUAAAUUACAUAAUAAAAAUUGAAUUUAUUGUUGUUUAUACGCUACACUUUUAUUUACGAACAUUUGUAUAUUUCUGUAAGAUCGAAUAAAAAGUUAUGUUCUUUCUA